UAAUCAUCAUAUAUAUAGUUCCUUAAUUUUGUCUUGUUUGUGUUAAUUAGUUCCCUAAACUUGAGGAGGGGAUUUUGUGGAUGAAUCCUACUUAGUCAAACUCACAUGUAUUAAAAAAAAAACAUGUAAAACAAUCUUGUUGCAAGAUAUCCGCAACAAAAUUGAGAUAAAACAAGAUAAUAAUUUCCAUAAAAUCAAACACGAUAUCUGAUAUUUGAUAUUGAAUUGAAAUGAAAAGGGCAUGCUUUGUGUUUGGUUAGUUCAUGUUUUUAUACAUAGCAAGAUCUUAAAACCAAAAAACCAUUGCCAAAACAAAGAAAAUAACCAAAAACGAAAAACUAAAUAAAAUAAAAGAAACAAUAGAAACAAUAAAAGAUAUGAAUAUUUGUCUCAACAAUCAAAAUCAUAAGAUUUGGUGGAGAGAGAUAUUAAACAAUGAAAGUGAGUGUGGAGAUAAUAACGGGGACGUUUAUUGAUGCGGACGUGAGUGAAGAUACGACGGUCAAAGAACUGAAGGAGAAGAUCGCGGCGGAGGUGAAAUCACCGGUGACUCGUUUGAUACUUGUCAUCGGAGAUGAAGAGACGAGAAGGAUGGUGAUGGAGGAUGAAGAUGACAUGAUGCUGAGAGAUUUAGGAGUGGGAGAAGAUUCUCAUAUGUAUUUGUUCUUUAAGCAUCCUGAUUUGGUUUCUGAGGAAGAGGAAUCUAAAGGAGGAGGAGAAGAUGAUGAUGAUCCUAUGGAGGAGGUUUCGUCGGAAGCAGAGAGUCCAAGAGGAAACGAAGAAGAAGACGAAAAGCCAAAAAUAGACGGGGAAGAGAAGGAUCAAGCGAUGAAGGAUGAAGAAGAAGAUAGCGAUGAGAAAGUUGAAGAAGAUGAAGAAGCGAAGCAGAAUGAGAAGGAUGGUGAAGCAAAGGAUAAUGGUGAUGAUGAUGUCAAAGAGGAACCAAGAGAGGGUGAAGAAGGAGAUAAUAAAGAGGAAAUCUAGGGUUUCUUGAUUUGAUAUGAGAUUUGUUUUAACAAUUCCAUUUUUAUUGUUUUGCAUUUGUGAUUAUCUUGUUAUAUUGUUUCUUGGUAUACAAGUAAACAACUAAACAUUGUUUUAGGUGUCUUACCAGCAUAAUAAAAAAUUGAUUUUGUUCUGUUUAGUUUCUUUUGUUUAUUCUCCGUCUUCUCUGUAGAAAAAACAGAUCAAAAGUUUCUCUAUGGGACAGUGGUUGGUUCUCAAAUCUAGUUGGCCAUUUCAGGCUAGAGAAUCCAGUUAACCGGAAAAUUCGACUGGUCAAAAGAUGAAGAUAAUACAUUACCAAACAUUACAUUAGUAAAGCUCUUAAUAGAGUUUAAAUAUCCGGCGACUUUCUUGUAUACCUAAAACAUCGAUGGUAACAUCUUGAAGUUGUAGAGUCCACCUACUCGCUAGUCGCACUAUUUAAAACUCAUU